GUAGCUUCUCCUCAAGGCAGGACUCAGAUGACACCACCCCGCCAGCGACCGGAGGAGAAACAUGGGAAGCUCUCUCUCACUUUUCAGCGGAUGAACUAUGUUUUGACACCAGGACGCGUUUGGGGGUUCGUCAUAUGAAUCCGAGCAUCGGGGAAGUUUCUGUGUUCACAGUAGCUGUGGAAAUACUUUAAAGACAGUGCAAACCAGACUCUGGAACCCACGGAGCGCCGGUGACGGAAUGUGAGAAACCCCAUUUUAGCGCAUGUUCCUCUCCAUUGUGCGCAGCCUUCUCCUGCUUUCUGCGCGGUUGGAAAGCGGAGGAGGAGGAGGAGGGACGGCUUUUAACGACUCGAUCCCUUGCCUAUGGACGACGGCGGUCCCCUCUCUCCAAAGGCAAAUGCUUUCAGUAUUGCCUCUCUGAUUUCGGCUGCAGAGCAAGCAGGAAACGCAGCGUUUGACAAACAGAGCACCGGCCUGGACAAGCCAGACCUGCACAACCACAGUUCCUUUAAAAUGCACUACAGCACUGUCACCCGGGAAAUGGAAGCCAUAUCCAGCCCGUGGCUGACGCAGCUGUCCCAUUUUUGCGAUGUUGCAGCCUUCACGACGAGCAGCCUGAGCAGCCUCAACACGCCGGGGGGCUACCACCUCUCUCCGUCCCCCGGGGACCCCUACAGCCAACAUGAGUCCCACUUCGAGCCGUGCCCGGCCGCUCAGCACAACUACAACUAUCCCGGAUCCAACCCGGGCCAGGCCCCGCCGAGCGACAACGGGACUGCAAAUUGCUCCUCGUCGUCCUCGAACUCCACACCGAACAGCAAAACUAUAGUGAAGAAGAACCCGAAAGUGGCCAACAUUAGCGUCCAGCUGGAGAUGAAAGCUUUAUGGGACGAAUUUAAUCAGCUCGGCACGGAGAUGAUCGUUACCAAGGCUGGCAGGAGAAUGUUUCCAACUUUUCAAGUGAAAAUAUUUGGGAUGGAUCCCAUGGCAGACUACAUGCUUCUGAUGGACUUCCUGCCUGUAGAUGACAAACGUUACAGGUAUGCUUUCCACAGCUCGUCGUGGCUGGUGGCGGGUAAAGCUGAUCCUGCCACACCGGGCAGGGUCCAUUACCACCCGGACUCUCCAGCCAAAGGCGCACAGUGGAUGAAGCAGAUUGUGUCGUUUGAUAAACUCAAAUUAACUAACAACCUGCUGGAUGACAACGGACAUAUCAUUCUGAACUCGAUGCACCGCUACCAGCCCAGGUUUCAUGUGGUUUAUGUGGACCCCCGCAAGGACAGCGAGAAAUACGCAGAGGAGAAUUACAAAACCUUUGUUUUUGAGGAAACCCGCUUCACAGCGGUCACAGCCUACCAGAACCACCGGAUCACGCAGCUGAAGAUAGCCAGUAAUCCCUUUGCAAAAGGCUUCAGGGACUGUGACCCAGAGGACUGGCCCAGGAAUCACAGGCCAGGCUCUCUGCCAAUAAUGAGUGCCUUUGCCAGAACAAGAAACCCAAUGUCAUCUCCCCCUCAGCAGAACGGCACAGAGAAAGAAGACAGUAGAAGGGAAUACGACCGGGACCCCAGCGGCACACCUAUACACGCUGACCCGGCUCACCAGCUGAUGUCCCGGGUCCUCAGCCCAGCCCUGCCCGUCCCAGGAGGCCUCCACGCCGUCCCGCUGACAAGUGGCCGACCCAGUCCUCCCCACGACCUUCGUUCAGAUCCACACCCUCUACCCCCGGACACCCUGCACCACCACCCCUACAAGUACCCCACCACCUAUGAACACUAUUUGGGAGCCAAGACCAGGCCGUCACCCUACCCUCUACCCAGCAUCAGAGGACACACAUACCAUCACCACAUGAACCCCGCCACAACUAACAUGUACUCAGCCACCAGCGGCCCCUCUAACUACGACUACGGGCCCAGAUAAUGACUCCUGUCCAUUAGGUCUGACGGUGCACAGCACUGUGGGAAUGGAAACGGGCAGGACAGGCAACACAAUCCUGUCCAUUGAUGGCUUAUGCAACCUGUGGGGUGCGAUCACAGUCUGAAACUCCUUUCUGCUGGAUAAACCCUGCCAUAUUUAUUUAAAGGAAAUGCAUCUCUGUGUUAAGCUUGGGCACCUGUUCUAAGCCACUGAAGAGGUCUUGCUUCGACCUUUGAACUUAAAUGGCAACGGCUCUACAUCAGGCCACCUCCUACCUGAGUAGUGCAGACAUUGAGCCAGCAAACAGAGGAGACAGGAGGGACGUCUCUACAACACAGACAAUACUUACAAUCACAGACUGGAAUUGAAUUCUUCAUUAUUAUUUUUUUUUUUUGUGUUGAAUGCACUUUUUGAUUUGCCUUGUUUUUAUUGCUUUCAAAAAAGCCAUAUGUUAUAUAGUCCAUCAACCUUAUAGGUAGACGAGAUGUUUGCAUGUUGAGCUCAUCAGAGAGGGUGUCGAAACACAUUGAAAUGUUUUUGUUUGAGGAAAAAAAAAAUCGAGAUUUGGUUUUGAAACAUUCUGAACAUCUUGAGCCGCUCUGAGAAGCUUGUACCAUGGCACUGACUUGCAGCAAUUCAAAGUAAAUAAAUGAAGCAGAAUGACUGUUCUGUAUCUGUAAAAUAAACAUUAAAUUCUUGUAAUUCAUAAAAAAAAAAAAAAAAAGUUCUUUGUGCCAAUCUUCCAUUCAAAAGUCAGAUCUGCUGAUGCACUGCUGAAGGGGGAGGGUUAAAAAGAGCUUACCUCACUGAUAGCAUUGUUCAAGUUUCUCCAGCCGGAUUUGCCCUGUCGAAAUGGGCUGAGCUGUCCGCUGCUCCCGCAGUCACAGGCAGGCUGUCUAAACAUUAGACCACACUAUAAGUCAAAUGUUGAAAUCCGCACCUGGUUUUAUGAAGAAGAAAAAAAAGGACACAUAAAUACACUCAUCAACCAGGCAUCCCAUGCACACACACGUCCCUCUUAGUCAACCUGAGUGCAACUACACUGCGCUCACAUUACAACUUUAGUUGAUUUAUUAAUAAAAAUUGUUUCAAGAGGGCAUUUUAAAUCUUCGUUUUUGCAGCGAAAGACUUUAGAAUAGUCAGAAAUACAAACAAGAUAAUAAAAAGGUGAUGUUAAUAGCGUAAAAAAUGACUGACUCAUUAGACAUUAAAGAGACCACUGUGUAAUUUAUUUAACAGUUAUUUCAUUUGUGUAAAUUCAGAUAUUUCUGUUUUUCGAGCACUAACUUUUCAGAAAAUAGGAAAAGUUGUGGAAAAACAGAGGGGGGGGAAAAACCAGCACUUCCCCUUCCCUCCCUGUAGGAUAUCAUUGCUCACAUUUAAUGGGACAGUUGGGUGAUAUUUUGAGAAUGUGACCCUCCUCCUAUCUGUGCAGCCAUUUCCAUCUCCUAUUUGAAGUCCUAUGAGGAAUGCUUUGUUGUCAAGGUUAAUCUGGUUUGGAGAGAGAGACACAGAGAGAGAGAGAGAGAGAGGGGAAAAAACCACCCAGCUUUGGGAUUUGUUGCUGUCACUACACAAAGGGAAAGGUAGCCUAAUGAUUCAUUUUAAUAAUGUAUUGUUUUUAACCCACAGAGGGAGAGCCUGAGGGCGUCUGACCUUUGACUGUUUAAUGGUUUGUAAAGGUGUCAAAGGUUAAAUAAUGUUUCCACUCAUUUAAACCUAGACUAAUUGGUUGAAUUUAUUUAUUUUGUUUGUUUGGGAGGCGACUAAAGCUUGGAUUUUACAUUUGAACCGUAUCAUGGAGCAACAUGGACGAUGACUUCUUCUGAAUUUUAAGCGAGAUGCAUUUGCUAGCUAGCUGUUAGCUUCAUGAAAAAGCUAACUCACGAUAAAAUGUAUAAAAUAGGCAACAUUUAGUAAUUUGUUUAAAAUUCAACACCUCUAGUUAUUAAAUUUAGAAACUGUUUAAA